AUGGAACCCGAUACAAUACGCCAAAAGGUUCACGCAGCUUUCUCUCAUUUCGUCCUACUCGAAGGGUUCGAGUGGUAUGGUCGCUUCGCGGGAGACUAUCAUUUGGCACGCUACCUGCAACAGACCAAAGUAAUCCGACACUUGGCGUAUGGAAUCGACAUGUUUGUCAGUAGUGAAAGUCUAGCAUACCGAGAACACGCAUUCAUGUUCGAGGGUCUCGAGACUCUUGCCGUCACUAGCGAUAUCCUGUUCGAUUGCAAGUUCGCCGAGUCAAUGAGCGGACAGUGGUCGCUUGUCGAUCUUAUCUGCGAUACAUCCUUGGAGAACAGGCCUGUGUUUGUCUGGCCAAAUCUGAGCCACUUGGUGCUUCGAUUCUGGAAGGGGGAACUAUGGCAAUCCGCAGAGCAAGUAGAGUUGCUUACCAAGUUCCUCGUUGAUCAUCCUGGGCUAGAAACGCUUAUCCUUCAGGAGACAUGUCUCGAAGAUUCCCAGAGCGAGACAGCACAACAAUUGUCAUUGUCCCCAUAUCCCAAUUCGCUCCCUGUCCUUGAAAGACUGAUCGGUUCGCCGCGACUCAUUGCCGGCAAUUCAGAAGAAGGUUUCGACCAAGACAAUGCAAAGAUUCCUUACAUUGAUCGAAUCAUGGGUGCCCUCGCCAAUGCCCCAAAGAAUCAGGUCAAUCGGCUUAGGCUCGAGGUCCCACAGCUCGACCGUGAAGUUUAUGCAAGGAUAGCUCGAGUUGCCCCACAAGUUAGAUUUUUGGAGUUUCUUCGUCCGUUUGUCGCCGAUACCACCACACCAAAUGCUGAGGAUUUUAGCCCACAGAUUGAUAUCCCUGAUGCACUAAAAAAUUACCCAAACUUAGAAAUCAUCGGAGGGCAUAUAGUCAAAGAUUUUGCUGCAGCGCUUGAAUGCGAUCACGAAGAGGCUGUGCUCGCAUUGGCCAAACAGGUCCCCGCAAUUCAAGCCAUUCAUGAAGGCGAUGGGAGAGUAAUUAUUAUUCAUCGAGACUCGGGUCGCGAAGUAACUCUAAUAGAGUCUCCACGAUUCCUGAAUAACGAUGACUUCGACUGGUCAGGUCAACUACAGGCGGCUAUUGACAAGCUACUUGUGCUCGAGAAACAGGCUCGGAAUAGUGCGGAUGCUGCGUCGACUUCUCGCCUGCUUGUUGCAAUAGUUAAGCUAUGCAGAGCCGCUCAGAGGUUUGAUCUCGUCAACUCGAACAUUACGCUCCUUGCCAAGAAACAUGGCCAAUUGAAGGCUGCUACUCAGGCAAUGGUUGAAGAAGCCAUGACCUACCUCCCCGACCUCGAAUCAGUAACGGAAGGGAAGAUCUUCCUCGAGACAUCUCGGGCCCGUGUCACCCUGGCUCUCUCACUCCACCACGAGCGACUGGUUGCCCAAGCGUCUGAUACUUCUGAAGCUCUGAAAUCUGCGCAGACGGCAUCUGAUCUUCUCUCCGAGCUUCAAGUUGAGACAUAUUCCAAAUAUGAAGGCGAGACCGGCAAGAGCCAAGAGGGCGAAGCCGAGUGGAUCAAGGUCAGGGUUGGAGGCAGGAAGUCAAUGAGGGAUUCUAAAAGAGGCCGAAAACGAGCUAAGCAUUAUUACAAGGUCUGGGAGACACCAUCGAUCAAAGCAGAAACAGAAGGUCGAGGUCGAAGUACCUUGGAAUAUAUUGUCUAUUAUGUCGUCCUUGCUUCACAUAAUCUCCAAUAUAAUUUGGCUAAAUGUUUUGUGACCCGCGAGUUGAUGCGGUGGCCAGGGAUUGAAGGACUAUAUGGUGCACAACUACGUGAAACCAGUGUAUUUGGCCGUGCGAAAGAUGGAGAAAAACGAUGGGAAGAUCUUCAUAUGAGGGUUAUGAGCACGCUUACAGGCCUUCUAGACUUGCCCUUGGCACAGACAGAAGAAACCCUAUGCAAACUUGUGGUAGAUGGCUCUGUGUGGGCCCGUAUUGAUAGGCCAAAAGGAAUUGUGAACUUCAGGAAACCUCGUACUGCCGACGACGUACUCAAUGCAUGGAGCGCUGAUGUGAGCAAAAUGAUGGGGCUGGUUGAAAAAGCUAGUAUGGGUAUCAACGCAGAGCUCGCGGCCCGAGCAAAGUUGGGAGCCUCUUCAUGA